AAACAAACUCACAACUCAAUGGUUAUAGACUUAGAAACUAGUUUGAGUGUUAACGUAGCAACCUUUCUUCUUCUUCCCAUACUAUGAGCAAGAGUGCAGAUAUCAAAACGGAUCCAGCCGAAAUACAAACGAGGGUCUUACAACUCAUGCCACAUUUGGUUGGAAAAUGUCCAUUUUGUCCUCAUCAUUUCUUCUCUAUUUUAUCUCUCUUUCCUCGAUAUCCGUGCAUUUUGACCAUACACCAUUAUCUUUCCGAAGACAAAACGAAACGUUUUAGUCUCUCUAUCACUUUCCCUGACAACCUGCACAGAUUCUCUACAUGUAACUUUCAAUUAAAUUUGUCUCCCAAUUUUAUUCAUCAUAAAUUCUCUGUUGUAUCUAGAUCUUGUCCCCGAUUUUAUCAUCUUUCAAAAUUAUCAUAUAAGAUGGCAAAAAUAGAUGGCAAAAAAUAGAUGGUUUCAGUUUCAGCAUCUCUGUGAAGACAAUAACGCUCAACUAAUCUGUGGACCAAAAUAGAUGGCGAAAAUCUAAAUAAAAUUCUAAAUUCUAAAAUGAGAACAAUUGCAUAUAAGAUGUAGGAUUCAUAAUAAUAGAGAAACAUGAUGAAAUCGAGGACAAAACGUAGAUGCAACAGAGAAUUUCUAUUCGGAGACAAGAUCUGGAGACUAAAACAAAAGUCUUCCUCCAAUUGUUCUCCUCUAACAGGUAAUCAUGUCCCCUAAUGCAUUAUAUAUUACGUUGUCCCCCAAUAUUAGGUAAUCAUGUCUCCUAAUAUAUUAUAUAUUACGUUGUCCUCCGCAGAAUUUUGGAUAACCAAUUUGCUUAAAUAAGUCAUUUUUAAAUACUCAAUAACAACCGUAGAAGCCACCUGUUCUCCAAUAUUCUGUUCCCUAAUCCUUUAUGCUUCCAUCAUGAUUUUUCGUCAUGUAUCAUCACAUCAGCCAAAAGUUGUUAUGUCACCAUCUUCGUCAGAGCGCUGACCCACCUUAAAGGAAUCACGAUGGGAUUAAUUCUUCUUUUCGCACUUGUGGUAUUAUGCACAAGAGCAUAUACGGAGUAUGCAUACUAUACCGAUAUAUUUCAACUAGCUACACUUCUCGUUUGUGCCCUACUCUUCAUGUUGGUAACAAGAAAGUGUUGCGGAGAACGAACGAACAAACUAGGAAUAAUGAUAUCGGUAGCAGUUAUCAUGCUCAUGUUGGUGGUAAUAGCGUGGUGGGGAGAACGAAUGUACGAAAUAGGAAUAAUCAUACCGAUAGCAAUUACCAUGUUCCCGUUAGUGUCAGCUUUUGCGGGAGGGUUAACCCCAAAAUACUCACAAGAGACGAUAUCGCCCUCUGCUGUCACGUGCAAACCUCCCGAGAACGCGGCCAUGUACGAGCCCUCUGCUGUCACGUGCAGACCUCCCGAGUGCAUGGCGGCCAUGCCCGAGCCCUCGAAAAUGCUGGUGAAUCAAUUGAUUUACGGCAAAAUAUUUAACAUUAUAAAGAUAAAAUCCAAAGUGUAGUUUCUUGUGUGUUCGUUGCCUUAUGUAUGUGUCUUCUAUGUGGAGACUCCAUAAUGGAGUGUAGAGCGGAAUUGAUCUACGACUAAGAUGUCUACUUCCAUAUCGUUUUUACGGAUGAAUUAUUCGUAAACAAUCUCAUUUAUAUGUUUUAUCUAUUUAAUACUUUCGAAUAUUAGAAGUUUAGAACUCU